AUGGGAUUCAGCAGUAUCAACAGCUACUGUGGAGUUGGCUGAGGACGGAUUCCCUUUGAUAAGGUCCUGGGAAGUUUAUAAAUCCAUGGCACGGCGGCGGGCAGAAGCUCGCGGGUGUUAAUUGCCGGAGUGGCGGACCGUGUUUUGGAAGGCAGUUCCCUACCAGCCGGGCUGCCUGCGCCCGUGGCGGUGUCUGUCGGGACGCUGCCUGCUCCUUUGCUCGCUAUCUCUCUUGCUGGAUUCGCUGAUCGGCCGAUCUCUUUGAUGUCGGCACUUAGACCGCACCUCCAGAUUUCUGUAUGUGUGUUGGAAUAGCCGGGGGGACAUUUGGAGCGCGGAGUCACGGAGUGAAGGGUAAACUGGCGAUUGCUACAGGAGGAACCGAGGAGGAAGGAGCUUCAGGGGGACGAGAGGGAACACGCUUUACGUGAAUGAGAGGACCAACGAAAAUCCCCACCGCGACUCGCUUUACGCACACUCGCUGCAAAAUAAAUUCUUGCUUUUUUUUCUGACAAAAAGAAAGGAAGGAAUCGUCUGUUUGGGAGGCGCAGGAUGGAUUUAUGACAGAAGACGGCCGUGUCAUCCCCCGCUGACUGAAAGCUUUGCAGAGAGAGAGAGAGAGCAGAGAGAGAGAGGCUCCAGCCUCGCCUCCGAGCGAUGAGCGCCGCUGCUGUGGUGUCUGCCUUCAGGGCAGAUGCUCCCCGGCCGCCGGUGCCGGGGGAGGAAGGGGAGAGAUGCCAACCCCACAACCCCAGUAAGGGCCACAGCCUGAAGGAACAGGCUGUCACCUCGGCCCCCAGGAGAGAGGACGACGAGCUAGGCGAGCCCGAGGGCAGCGCGUCCCCCGACUCGGCGCUCAGCCGCUGGACCAAGUCCCUGCACUCGCUGCUGGCCGAUCAGGACGGGGCGCAUCUCUUCCGCGCCUUCCUGGAGAGGGAGGAACGCGUGGACACGCUGGAUUUCUGGUUUGCCUGCAAUGGCUUCAGGCAGAUGGACGUGGCCGACCCCAAGACCCUGAGAGUGGCCAGGGCAAUCCACAAGCGGUACGUGGAGAACAGCGCCGUGUCCAGGCAGCUGAAGGCGGCCACCAAAUGCUACAUCAGAGACACCAUCAGGAAGCAGCAGAUCGACUCGGCGAUGUUUGACCAGGCGCAAACCGAGAUCCAGACCGCGAUGGAAGAAAACUGCUACCAGAUGUUCCUGACCUCAGACAUCUACCUUCAGUACGUCAGGACCGGUGGGGAGAACCCUCUGUUUGUCGGCAACUCUGAGCUAGCCCGAAUACAAGUGGUUUGUGGUUACUUACCGACGCUGAACGAGGAGGAGGAGUGGAUCUGCCCCGAGAUCCGGGACAAGAAGCCCCCCUCCGGAGCGGGGCUGGGCGACCAGGGGUCCCGGGCCGCCAACUCGGGACGGCCAGUCGAUGGCAAAUGUUUCAGAUCAUACGGGAGGAAUGGAUAUGCUAACCCCUAUCACAUUCAGUCUGGCUACGUCUUUGCUCCAGCGAGCAGUGCAAAUGACAGUGAUGUCAUGACAGACGACUCAAUGUCGAUGACAGACAGCAGCGUAGACGGGAUCCCUCCGUACCGGCAGAAGAAGCAGCAGCAGCGGGAAAUGCAUCGCAGUGUCAAGGCCAAUGGUCAAGUCUCACUACCUCACUUUCCUAGAACGCACCGCCUUCCGAAGGAGAUGACUCCUGUGGAGCCAGCAGCCUUUGCCGCUCAGCUGAUCGCCCGUCUGGAGAAGCUGAAGCGGGAGCGGGACACCAUGGACAGCUUGGAGGAGAGGCUGCAGCAGAUCACAGAGGAUGAAGGGGAAGAUGGUGAAGCUCCUGCAGCGAAGGGCCACCCUGGGACAGAGGCCAUGCCCCAGCACCCGCCGCAUCCCCUGACCCUGCUGCCCCCCGGGAGCUGCGACGAUGACCCGCAGACCAUCCUGGACGACCACCUGUCGCGGGUGCUGAAGACCCCCGGCUGCCAGUCUCCGGGGCUCGGGAGGCACUCCCCGCCCUCGGCCGAUUGUCCAAGGGGGGCCAGGCUUCAGCAGGGUCCUGGGCCCCAGUUCCUUUCCCCGGGGAUCGUCCGCAAAGGAUACCUCUCCAAACAGAGCGCCAAGUACGUCCAUCACCACUACAUCCACCACCACACCAUCCCCAAGACCAAGGAGCAGAUCGAGGCUGAGGCUGCGCACCGCGUCCAGUGCCUCUGUCCCAGCAAGGCCGACUGUUGCUCCUACGCCAAGUCACGCGGACACUCCAAGGCUGAACUGCCCCCACCGCCAGUGGAACAGAGCGCCUUUGGCAGCAGAGGCUCUGUGCCCAGGCGGAGUCUGCAAGUGCCAGACUGUGGCGGCCCAACUCCCAGUGAGGGAACGCUCCCCCUCCCCACCCCACAGCUCCCCGGGGAGGAGACGGAUCGGGCGCAGAACGUGUGGCAGUGGAUGCUGGAGAGCGAGCGGCCCGCCAGCAAGCACCGGACCCACAGCGUCCAGUGUAUGAAGAAAGGAAUGGUCUCCGACAGCUUGAGGGGCUCCACAGGCGAGCGAAGCAGCCGGCUGCACCUGGGCACCACCCACCCACGGGGCAGUGCCCAGCCCUCACACCCCUUCAUACAGGACCCGGCCAUGCCUCCUCUGCCACCGCCCAACACUCUGGCUCAACUGGAAGAAGCCCGGCGCAGGCUGGAAGAAGAAAAGAAAGUUUCCAAAACUCAGAAGCAAAGAUAUUCAACAUCAAGUUUACAGCGAGACAGAACUCAUGGGGCCCCAGCACCAGGAGGGAGCCUGUCCCUGUCGAACCCUGGCCUGACCUCUCCCACAGAAGAGCACAAGGCACCAAAGAAGCAGACGGCUCUGGCCCACACAACACCGCCCGGUGAGCUGGUCGUUACCUACUUCUUCUGUGGGGAGGACAUUCCUUACCGCAGGAUGAUGAAAGGACACAGCCUGACCCUGGCCCACUUCAAGGAACAGCUCAGCAAGAAAGGAAACUACAGGUACUAUUUCAAGCGAGCCAGCAACGAGUUUGACUGUGGAGCAGUUUUUGAAGAGGUUCGGAACGACGAUAGCCCGCUGCCCAUGUACGAGGGAAAGAUCUUGGGCAAGGUGGAACGAAUCGACUGAUUCAUUAAAAGGGACUUUUUCAAAACAGGCUUCUGGCAUUUUGUGGGACAGUUAAAAACUACAGAGCUGUGUUGCAAUGGAAUCCAGGAUGAAAUCUCGGGCAUUGUUUGCCUCAUGUCAGAUGUAGAGAUCAAGAAACAGUUUAUUUAAAACAAAAGCAAGCUACAUUAUAGAAUGACCACUUUUGGGUUAUUGGUUAUUUACAGAGAUCUCGGUCUAACUGUGGCUUCCUGAGUUGCUGUGCAGAUGAAGAGACUGCCCAUUCACAGGCAGCAUGUCCUGAGAUUUACUGAGCCUGUAUCUGCAUAUUUGGGUUUGGAUGUGCUGCUACUGCAUUGACAUGGGACCCCUUCCAUUGGUGCUGGCAGCUCCUUCUCCCUGCCCUCCCCACUGCCACCCGUCACCCAGAACCCACCCACCUCCCCGACUGUCCUUCCCACUGUGACCAGCCUAAAAGCUCCUGCAAUAACACUCACAUUAUAAUGAGAAGCACCUCUGUCUAUUUGAAUGACAUUGUGAAGCUGAUUGUGAUUUUUCUUGUCAUUUUACUGAAACAAGUCACCACGUCUUGGUACCUUUAUGCUGCUUUAUACUUACACCAGAACCAUAACCAUGUCUUAAUGUUCUGACAGAAAUAACAACCAACCUUGCCUGUGGCAACCUUCCAUGUGACGUUAAUGGUGUCGCAUGCCUUUCAGACCCACGAAUAUCCACAGAGGUCUGUCCAACAAGCCACCACCCGCUUCUGCUUUGUGGCGAUAUUCCCAACAUAAGAAAGUUCCAGCGAUAACCCAAGUGCAGGUUGUAAUGAGUGUUUUCCAGUGCAGCCAGCUCUCCGACCCCUCACCUGUGUGGUAGCCGCCCAAUCCCUGUGCUCAUUCAGAUCCUGUGGACACAGCAGGGAGCUCACUGGAAGGGAGUGCAACAUGGCUGCAAGUUGACCUGGCCCAUCACACGGUAACUUGGCAGCAGAAUCAGAGAUGAUGCCGACUUUUUUUGAAAAUCUGGAUCGUAAUUGUGUUGCAUCAGUAUCAGUAACCGAAUCUGUUCAGAAUAACCAGCAACACCUGCACAAGCAGCAGUGUUCUCACAGAUGCAAUUCACACUUCAAUCUCCAGCAGGGAGCAAAGGGUUGAAAAUGAGGCUGGUUUAUUAAUAUCUGGAGAACUUGCAAGGGAUACAAACCAUUCUUGGAAGUUGCUCAACAACCUGCAGAUGGAGCCUCGCACUUUCAGACCUGACCAGCCAGCUGUACAUCUCCACAUCUUGUUCCGAUUGUGGCAUUCCUGCUCUCUCUCUUAUCUCGCCCUCUUCCCAUCUCUUUCUCUAGCUAUUUCUAUCUAUCUAUCUUUCUCUAUCUUUAUAUUCCUCUCCCUCUGUCUAUCACUAGCUCUCUCCUCUUCAUCUGUCUCUAUGUCCGCUUGGUUUUGUGGAUUCUGGAUUCUCUGCCAGUUACAGCAUCCGACACGGACCAAAAUAGACUUCCCCACAAACCUUAAGUUGUGCACUCUUCCUGUCAGAACCUCAAACUCACUUUAGCUGUGAUUUUUUUUCCUUCAAAACAAAAAUGAUUUAAUUGUUCUGAGGGUGUUAAACUCAAGAGAUGUUAAAUUAAGCCCCACAGCCAAUAACAAAAGGAAUAGUCUGUAAAAUGCUAGGGCUUGAAUUGAUGUAAGUGCUGCUCUGUAAACAUUUAGCUCCUGUAUUAAUUUUCUCCGUGUGCUGUUUAACUGAGUUAAAGCAUUAACUCUGCGUUAAAUUGGCACAGAGGAACCUCAUCUGAAUGGCACACCGAGAGACUAGACCGAACUCUGCUGAUCCAACACGGUCUGAACCAUUAGCCUGAGUCCUUGUCGUGCUUUCUGCCAGCACCCUUCCUGCUGGGCGUAACUUGUACAAUACCUGUGUAAAUAUUGUGGGAGUUUUACACACUAUUAAUAGUGUUACUUGUUUAUCCAGUACAGUACCUGUGCCUGCAUGGUAUUAUUAAUACUGUGUGUCACCCUGUGUUGAGGGUCACCUCUCCCUUUGUUAAUAAGGGUUUAUGUAUAAAGAUAUUUUUAUGCUUUUGAGUGUUGUAAUCAUGUUUUAUGGCAUUUUGUUUUACUUUCUGUGUAAAUUAUGCAUUACAAAAGAGUUUGAUUUAAGAAUCCUUGGUACAAUAAUUAUGUAAUUAUUCAGAGAUGUAGCCUUUAUUAAAGUUUUAUAUUUUUCA